AUGACAUGGGAUUAUGGAUCCAACAGUUGGUUGAAAAAUUCUGCAGCACCGAGCAACAGUUGCGAAGUUUAUGGAACUUGCGGUCCUUUUGGCAUCUGCAACUCAAUAAACUCUCCUAUCUGCCGUUGCAUAAAAGGGUUUACGCCACAAUCAAAAGAAGAAUGGAACAGAGGGAUUUGGACCAGGGGGUGCAUUAGAGAAACAGAAUUGAAUUGCCAGAAGAACACAAGCAGGUCGCCUUCAACGCAGGUGAAGAAAGAUGUCUUUGUACACAUGAACCAGAUGAAAGUGCCUGAUUCUGCGGAAUAUUUAUCAGACAUCAGAGAUGUAGGAGCAUGCCAAAGCUGGUGCAUGAAUAAUUGUUCUUGCUUGGCUUAUUCUUAUGUCCGCCCAAUAGGGUGUUUGGUCUGGGCUAAAGAUCUCAUCGAUUUUCAGGAGUUUUCGACAGCUGGGCAAGAUGUAUAUAUUCGGGUCGCACAUGACAAUACAGGCAUGUCGACAGAAGCAAAACUUCUCAUCAGCAUAAGUACCAUCCUGGGCAUCAUGUUUGUUGGAACUGCUAUUUUCGGUCUCUGGAAGUGGAGAGCCAGCAAAAGAGGAGAAAUGUCACCUGGAAAUGCAUGGAAAGAUCAGCUGAAGCAAAAGGACGCAUCCGAAUUUACGCUGUUCAGUUUUAGUAGCUUGCUUCUUGCAACUAACAACUUUGAUGCAACAAAUAAACUUGGCCAAGGAGGGUUUGGACCCGUUUAUAAGGGAAUGCUGAAUGAUGGAAAGGAGAUAGCUGUCAAAAGACUUUCCAGUAGCUCAGGCCAAGGAAUGGAUGAGUUUAAGAAUGAGAUCGUUCUAAUAUCGAAACUUCAGCAUCGAAAUCUGGUCAGACUCAUGGGCUGCUGCGUCGAAGGAGAAGAAAAGAUUUUAGUAUACGAAUACUUGUCAAACAAAAGCUUAGAUUCCUUUCUGUUUGAUUCAAAAAGGAAAGCAGAACUCAACUGGGAUACACGUUUCCGCAUCAUUCAAGGGAUUGCGAGUGGGCUCCUGUAUCUGCAUCGCAAUUCUUACCUUCGAGUUAUCCAUCGAGAUUUGAAGGCAAGCAAUAUUCUCUUGGAUGAGAAAAUGAACCCAAGAAUUUCGGACUUUGGGCUGGCGCAGAUCUUCGAAGGCACUCAAGUUUUGCUAAAUACUCACAAAGUUGUAGGAACACUAGGAUAUAUGUCUCCUGAGUACGUCAUGGGAGGGAUAUUUUCUGAGAAAUCCGAUGUUUAUAGCUUUGGGGUGUUGCUACUUGAGAUCGUUGCUGGCAAGAAGAACACGAGCUUAUACUACCGUGGCCAGCAUUUCAAUUUGCUUUCCUAUGCAUGGCAAUUGUGGAGCGAAGAUAGAGGACCAGACCUAAGGGAUGAAGCUAUAGUUAAUACUUGUCCGCCAUUAGAAGCAAUGAGAUGCAUUCAGGUGGGGCUUCUCUGUGUGCAGGACCAAAUGACGGACUGA